AUGAAUAACGAGAGCCAUCCAUCUCCGACUGGCUCGUCGUCUUCUUCAUUAUUUGGUGGUGGAGGUAGUGCUGGUGUUAAUGAACCUUUGACUCAACCAUCACCAGCUAAACCAACAUGGGCACAAAUUCUCAAUUCAAAUCCAAACGCCCCGUCCAAUACAUCAGCAUCAUCAGGAACAACCGCAAAUAAUAAUAAUAACAAUAAUAACAACAACAACAAUAAUAAUAAUGUUGGUGGAAAUAAUACUCCAUCAUCAUCAUCACCUUCUUCUCAACAUUCAACAACAAUAAAAACAAUUUCGCCAUCAACAAGUGGCACAUUAAAUUUACCAGGUACACGUCCUGGUUUUAUGCCUAAUUUUUAUGAUCAACAACAAUCUCAAAUGAAUUGGCCUCUAAAUUUUAAUCAAACAUCAUCUUGGAUGAUUAAUGAUGAUGAUUCUCAAAGGCAACCAACAAAUUCCUCACAACAACAAUCAAUUGAUAAUACACAAGCUGGGGGUGAUGGCUUUGAUCGAGUUGAGUCAUCGAGUCCAACAUCGGAUUGGAAUAAGCCGGUGACAGCAAAUAAUUCAAAUGCCAAUGGUUGGUCAAAUUUUCAACAACCACAACAACAACAACAACAACAACAAACAUUGAGUAAUCCGUCCAGAUCAAAUUCGAAUAACAAUCAAUGGCCAGAAAUGAACAAUUUCUAUGGAGCUAAUACAUCAUCUAAUACAUUUAGUUUACCGCAACAGAAUAACGACAAUAAUAGUUCAUCGACAUGGCAAGAUCCAUCAGCAUCUAACAAUGCUCCUGACGGGCUUACAUUGACAGCAAAUAAUAAUGCAAAACAUAAAUCAUCAUCAUCAUCAUCAAUGGCUGCAUCACUUACAGGUGCAUUAAAGUCAGCUAUUGCUCUUAGUGGUGGUAGUAGUGAUCUUGUAAGUGGUAAUGGUGAUACCAUGAUAACCUAUGUUCCACAACCGAAACUUGUUGAACAAUUAGGUUGGGAUGAACCUGAUAUAAAUGUACUGAAACGUCCUAAUUUUGAUGAUGGAACAUCAAUUUGGGGCGAUCCUAUGGAAUUAGUGUCCGUACCAGUUAAAAAAUGGACAAAUGGAACAAAAGCAGCAUUAACAAAUGCUACAAAUGUUGUUUUACAACAACAACAACAGCAACAGCCACCACAACCUCAACAAAUUGUUCAAAAACCUGUUGCACCAACAAAUUCGUCAACAUCAUCAUCAUCUCAAAUGGUGCUUAAUGAUGAAAAUUGGCCAAGACAACAAUCACCAACAAUUGUUCAACAGCCAAUGUCACAAUGGAAUGAUACAUCAUCAUCAUCAUCAGCUGCAGCAGCAUCAAAUAUGGAUCACACAAAUUCAUCUCAAUCACAAAAUUAUCGUGCACAACAAAAUAAUUGGAAAGCUCAAUCAUCCGAUGAUUGGUUUAAUGAUGGAGUUGUUGAUACAAGUGAUUGGGGUUUACAAGGUCCACCACAAAAAGCACCAUUUGAUCCAUAUAAAGAUCAGAUCGAUACAAGUAAUUGGGCAGUACAAUCACCUGGUGGUAUGCCGCCAAUGCCUGGACGUAAUCGUUUCAUGAAUGAAUAUGAUCUCAAUGAAAAUCCUCAUGAUGUUCGAAUGUCUGCAUUUGAUAAUCAAUCAAUCAAUGAUCCGUAUCGUCAAAAUCCUGAUCUGAAAAAUCCUAUGAUGAAUCUUGGUGGAAUUUUACCCACAUCUCAUCAUCCAUUUCCUCCUCGACCAGGACCACAUUAUCCUUCUCAACCAGGAAAUAUUCUUCGACCAAUUAAUCCUAAUGAUGGUUUGUCAAGACCACCCGGUGCUAUGAUUAGUCAAAAUAGUCAUUUAUCACCUAAAUUAACUACAUCAUCACCUGUACAAAAUCAAACGUCAUAUGCUGCAUCAGGUGGAAAACAAACUAAUAUUCCAAAUCAAUCAUCUCAAACAUCGACAUCAUCUCAACAAUCAGGUAAUGGAAAUAAUAAUGGUACUGUACAUGCUCAAAUUAUGCAACAAUUUCGUCUUGCUGUACAAGCCGGUUUAAUUAGUCAAGAUUUGCUCAAUACAAAAUUACCACCAUAUAUGUUACAGCUUCUUCAAAAAUUAUUUGAACUUCAACAAAAAUUUCAACAAUUAUCAAUACAAUUAUCUGAAUUAACAAAAAAUAAAGCACGUUUUCCAAUGCCACUUUUACAGAAUGAAUAUGAACGUUUAUCAAAAUUAAUUACACAAAAAAAACAAGAAAUGUUAAUUGUUCAAAAAGAAAUUCAAGAUGCACAUACAAAACUUAAACAACAAUCAAUUAAUCAAACACCAACACCAUCACAAAUGAUGUCAAAUGGACCAGUUGGACAAAAUAAUGAUCAAUCACGUUUAACUCAAUGGACAAAACAAUCAACAAUAGGUGGACAACGUACAUCAAUGUUUCCACCACCACCAGGUUUAACUCAAAAAGAUUGGCAAACAGAUAAUAAUGAUCCGAAUGAAAAUUGGGAAAAUACUCAAACACAUGAAUCAAAUAAUAAUAAUAAUAAUCAAGGUGGCAAUGUUGAUCCUCAUAUGCAUAAUAAUCAAGCAUCAUCAUCAGCAUUUUCAGAUCCAUUCUCUAAUCUUGUUGAUGAUAUUGAUGGACCACCACCAUUUGUACCUGGACAAUUAUGGAAUUGGAAAUCAUCAUUACCUUGUGCUGAAGAUGAUCCACAUGUUACACCAAGUUCAAUGACAAUUGGUCCAAAAGGAUCACCAUCACCAAUGGGUAAUCUCAAUGUUGGAGGUGCUGAAAGUGCUUUUUCAAAUCCUCAUUCAAUGCAUCAAUAUCCACGUCAAAUGCAAUCAAAUCGAUCACAAUGGCAACAACCAUCAAUGCAUGAUCAACAAGGAUUUCAACCACCAAUGAAUGAUUGGGCUAAACAACAACAAUACCGAGGUACAUCAAAAGUACCACCACCUCAGCAUCAGUCUUUUGGUGGCGGUGGCGGCGGCGGCGGCGGCGGCGGCGGUGGUGGUGGUGGUGGAGGUGGCUAUCGACCAUACAUGUAA